AAGUGGGACAUAGAUCUAACAUUUAAAAUGAAGUACUUCAAUGUAUUCUAGCAGCCAUUGUAGAAUUAUCAAUUCUUAAAAAGAAAGAAACGAAAACAUAGAAAAGAAGAAGUGUUUAAACCUAAUUCUCUAAAUUUGAAUCCGAAAAUUCUGCUGUGAUUACAAGGGAAAUUCUAACUUUUUCUACAGAUUACAGAUUUCAUUUCUUUAGAAUCUGAAAAGUUAGAUUUCGAUUUCCGAAUUUCCAGGAUUCUAAUUGCUUUGUUGAAGCAUUUGAAACGCCCAUUCACAGUCGUCGUAGCCGACGACGCUUGCACGCUGCGUCCAUUCGCCGUCGCCGACCUACCGAAACGCCCAUUUCAAUUUUCAGUCAGUUUGUCUUGGUAUUCAAGCUACCAUGAAUUGGGUACAACGCAAGAUUUAUCUUUACAAUGUAACUUUUGGACUCUAUAUGUUAGAUUGGUGGGAGCGUUACCUUUUCAAUACACUAAUCAUUGUCUUAAUGUGGUUUAUUUUUUACAAUGGAUCUCGACAAUUGUCCGAAUUUUGGAAGAGUUCUCUUGGCUAUGCUCGCUCUCAAUCAUCAGUGAAAGGGCAUCUUUGGGGUGGUGCAUAGAUACCUUAACCUACAACGGGAUCAAGGCCAAAGUUCGGACAUGAUGUUUGAUCUGCUGGAAAAAAAACCGGGUAGAUCCCCAUCAAUGUAUCUUUUGUGAUAGUUAUUUUGAGUCCUUAAUUUUGUAUUUGUCUAUUUUGUAGUUCAUUGUUCUGGUUUUUUCAGUUGUAAUCAUAUAUUAUCGAUCCUUGUACUAGUUCCAUGUUUGUAUUGUAUUUGAAAGUGGAACUAGUGUGUCAUCAUCUUACAAUUGCAACCCUCCAUCAUCAAUUCUUUGAAGGAGAAAAGAGAUCAAUAAUACAUAACCGAGUUUCUUA